CGAGAUCGUUGGCUUCAUAGCUUUAGCAGGACGGCUGAAAAGAGCUUCCAGAGCUAUCUGCCAGAAAUCAACAUUCUCCUCCAGAUGAUGGAUGAGCACAUGUCCAAGAUCGCCAUGGUGCAGUCUACCUCCCCAGGAGACUCCCCUCGGAGCUGCCUAACGGACGACAGCCUGCGAGGUAAGAGUCCAGCGCCAGGUAAAGUCCUGAGCUCAGGCCUCAUGUGUAAAGUGUGCGCCGACACCAGCAGUGGGAAACACUACGGCAUCUACGCCUGCAACGGCUGCAGCGGCUUCUUCAAGCGCAGCGUCAGGAGGAAGCUCAUCUACAGAUGUCAGGCGGGUACAGGUAUGUGCCCUGUGGACAAAGCCCACCGCAACCAGUGCCAAGCCUGCCGCCUAAAGAAGUGCCUCCAGGCUGGAAUGAACAAGGAUGCUGUGCAGAACGAGCGGCAGCCACGCAGCACGGCUCAGGUGCGUCUGGACUCGCUGGACGUGGACCCGGAGAAGGAGCACCUGGCCACCACGCGCGAGCCCACCUCCGCCUGCUCCGUCAUCAGCCGGGCACACCUGCCCUCCUCGGGCAUCAGCGCCACCGUGCCCACCCAGCGAUGCCCCAGUCCCCCGAACGGGCACCGCUUCAUGGCCAGCCUCAUGACCGCCGAGACCUGCGCCAAGCUGGAGCCGGAGGACGUGGAUGAGAACAUUGAUGUGACCAGCGACGAGCCUGAGAGGAGCUCCCCGGACUACAACAGCUCCCUGUACCCCUCCAGCAGCCCUGAGAGUGUGUACGAGACCUCGGCCCGGCUGCUCUUCAUGUCCGUCAAGUGGGCCAAGAACCUUCCGGUCUUCUCUCACCUUCCUUUCAGAGACCAGGUGAUCCUAUUGGAGGAGGCGUGGAGCGAGCUCUUCCUGCUGUGUGCCAUCCAGUGGUCCAUGCCUCUGGACACCUGCCCCCUGCUCUCCCUGCCCGACCUGUCCUCCCCCCAGCAGGGCAAGACCAGCCCCUCAGCCUCCGACCUCAGGGUGCUGCAGGAGGUCUUCACCCGCUUCAAGAACCUGGCCGUGGACCCCACAGAGUUCGCCUGCCUCAAGGCUAUCGUCCUCUUCAAACCAGAGACCAGAGGACUGAAAGACCCAGAGCAGGUGGAGAACCUGCAGGACCAGGCUCAGGUGAUGCUGGGGCAGCACAUCCACACUCUCUACCCCAACCAGGCAGCCAGGUUUGGGAGACUGCUGCUCCUCCUGCCUGCUCUGCACUUUGUGAGCUCGGAGCGGAUUGAGCUGCUCUUCUUCCACCGCACCAUCGGAAACACACCCAUGGAGAAACUCCUCUGUGACAUGUUCAAGAACUGAAGAGGACACAGUCUGAGAGAGACACGUCUCUCUUUCAUGGACAUCACUACGAAUGAAGAUGGACAAGGAACAGAGUCGGGACAUUUUGACGAGGGAGUGAAUACAAUGUGACAUUUGAAUGUUGGAUUUGUUCAUUUAGUUGAUUUUGUUUAUCUUUUUGUCUAAAAAAACUGGGAGAAACAGCAGUAUUGGCCAAAUUAUUGCUUGCUUAAUGCAAAUAAGUAUAGACUGUGAGUAGCUAUUGUACAGUAUAAUUAAUAUAUUUUAUAGAAAAUACAAAUAUUACUUUUCAUUUGCCUUUACAUUUGAUACUUUUUGCUAUUGAAGAAAAAUCUGCACAGCAGCAUGCUUAUUCAUUUUCUGUAAAUAACAAUAAAAACCUUUAUCGUG